AUGUCUUGGAAUCAAGCUCAAACCAGGCAGAGAAAUGAUUUUCUGACCAGCUAUCCUGGCUCUCGUUUGCGUUCCUCUUCUCUUUCUUCUUCUUCUUCUCCUUCACUGCCAUACAAUAGUGACUACCAAAGACACUCAAACCCAUCAUCAUCCUCUGGUAGUAAAAUAAGCCCAUCAGUUCUUUUUAUCAUAAUUAUUCUAGCUGUUAUAUUUUUCGUAUCUGGUAUCCUUCACUUGCUUGUUAGAUUUCUCACAAAGCAUAGAUCUUCGUCAGUAUCUGAAUCUAACAGAUACCCAGAACUCUCUGGGUCUGAAGUUUAUCAGAGACAAUUACAGCAACUCUUCCAUCUUCAUGAUUCUGGCUUAGAUCAAGCUUUUAUAGACGCUCUUCCUGUGUUCCUUUAUAAAGAGAUAAAGGCGAGAGAACCAUUUGAUUGUCCGGUUUGUCUGUGUGAGUUUUCUGAAAAGGACCAGUUGAGAUUGCUCCCCAUGUGUAGUCAUGCUUUUCACAUUGAUUGCAUUGACACAUGGUUACUGUCUAAUUCAACUUGCCCGCUUUGUAGAGGGACCCUGUACACUCCAGGGAUUGCCAUUGAAAACCCAGUCUUUGAUUUUGAUGAUCUAAGGGAAGAAGAUGGUUCUUUGGGCAAUGAAGGAAGUGGAGUUCUUACUGGCCAGAAGUCUGCAGAUAAUGAGAAUGGUGGUGAGAAAAAGGUAUUUUCUGUGAGACUUGGUAAAUUCAGAAGCACAAAUGAUGAGGGAGAUGGAGGUGGAGGUGGAGGUGGAGGAGCAGCAGUGGAGAGAGCAGAGGGAGAGACCAGCAGUAGUAAUUUGGAUGCAAGGAGAUGUUACUCAAUGGGAUCAUACCAAUAUGUGGUUGCUGAUUUAGAGUUGCAAGUGGCUUUAAGGCCGAAAAGAGCAGCUGCUGCUGCUGCUGCUGCUGGAAGUGGUGAUAGUGUGAGGCUUGUGAAAGGGAGAGCUGGACAAAAUGGGAAUUCCCACUGUGAUGGUGAUGCAGAGGGGAAAAAAAUUAACAGUGGAAGUAAAGGUGAAAGCUUUUCUGUUUCCAAAAUUUGGCUAUGGCCUAAGAAGGGUAAAUUUCCAACUUCCUCAGAAACCCAUAUGGGCACUUCCUCUGUUACUGUGGGUUUGCCAUGGAAUGAUAGAUCUCAGGUUACAUGA